UUAUAAAAGUGUACUACGUGAAUUUACAAGGAAGAACAUUCCGAAAAAAUGAAUGCAAUGAAUGGUCGGCUUUAAAAAAACGUUAUAUUUAUUCUAUUUUACUUAAUUUGUACAUACACGACUCUAUUUGGCUAAUAAUUUACGUAUCAGCACAAAAUGUCUGGAUUUGAUGACGAUAAUCCCUUUGGGGAACCUAAUUUAGGUGAUCCCUUUUCGCCACCUGCUCGGCAACCAACUACAACAACAAUGUCAAAUCCUAAUCGAGGAAUGGAAGAUUUUAAUCCUUUUGCUAGUCCAGAUACUCCAACAACACAAGUUCGAGGAGCUUCAAAUCCACCAAUAUAUGGUGGUGCUGGAACAACACCACAACCAGCAACACUUCAACCAUCAAAUCAAGAAGUACCACCGCCAAAUUAUUCUCGUAGUGCACAACAAACUGCACCUCAAACAUUUAGAAACACGUUUUCACCAACUGGAGAUAUGCAAACUGAGGAGGAAUUAAAAGCUAGAAGAUCACAGGAUAUGCAAAAUUCUCCUUAUUACUCGAGGCGGAAUAAUUGGCCACCAUUGCCAGAAAAAUGUUGUUUUCAACCCUGUUUCUAUCAAGAUAUUGAUGUUGAAAUUGAUGCAGAUUUUCAAAAAAUCGUGAGACAACUUUAUCAUUUGUGGUUGUUUCAUGGCCUUGUAAUGGUAUUAAAUGUCUUUGGAGGAUUCUUUUUGUUGCUGUCAUUUUCCAAAGUCUCCACAUUUGGACUCAGCAUUUUGUAUCUAAUACUCUUUACUCCCUUUUCAUUCCUUUGCUGGUUUAGACCGGCGUAUAAGGCUUUCAAAACUGAUAGCUCGAUCCAUUUUAUGGUCUUUUUCCUUGUUUUCUUCUCUCAAAUAGUUGUCACGAUUAUUCAAGCUAUUGGCAUUCCAGAAACUGGUUCUUGUGGGUUUUUCGUGGCUAUUGGUUGUUUUAAUUCAUCAGCAAAGGGUACUUUAACUGGAAUUUUCUUGCUGAUAAUUACUCUUGGUUUUAUUUUGGCAGCGGUUGGAGAUUGUCUUUUGCUAUCCAAGGUUCAUCGCAUUUAUCGAUCAUCGUCGGCAAGUGUGCAAAAAGCACAACAAGAAUUCACGAGUACAUUUUUGCGAAAUGAACAUGUACAAAGUGCAGCGAGCAAUGUUGCCGCGAGUGUUGUUCGAUCGCAAAUGGAUAAUAUUACCCAACAACAACCACGAUACUAAAAUUAAAGAAAAAAAAAAAAACAAUUAAA